AUGAGUACGGCAAAUGCACGUCAGGCCGUUGAAGUAUAUACCAAGGGGAUCAAAGCUUGGUUCACGGAUGAGAAAGAGGCCUGGGUAUCUGCCACCUGUGUAUCGAGCGAUAUCACCGACGAUAAAGUUCGGCUAGUUUUUGAAGAUGACGGCGACCAAAAGGAACAUGUAUUCGAAAGCACCCUCGCCGAAGUCGACAAAACCGGCGGAUCCACCCUCCCGCCACUAAGGAAUCCUCCAAAAAUGGAAUAUACCGAUGACUUGACCAACUUGAGUUAUUUGAACGAACCAGCAGUUCUAAACACCAUCCGAACGCGAUACAUGCAACAUCUUAUUUAUACGUACUCUGGUAUCGUGCUUAUUGCUAUGAAUCCUUUCGAUCGUGUGGCCCUUUAUGAGCCAGAUAUUGUACAGCAAUAUUCUGGUAAACGACGAGGGGAACUGGAACCUCAUUUAUUCGCUAUUGCGGAAGAUGCGUAUCGAUGCAUGAUUCGCGAACAGACUAAUCAGACGAUCGUGGUAUCUGGAGAGAGUGGUGCGGGUAAAACAGUCAGUGCCAAAUACAUUAUGCGUUAUUUCGCUACCGCCGAUGAUCAAGAAUCCGCGGGCAAGAAGCAAAAGUUGGACGGCAAUAUGACGGAAGUCGAAGAACAGAUUCUUGCAACGAAUCCCAUCAUGGAAGCUUUUGGUAAUGCCAAGACGACACGCAAUGACAACAGUUCUCGUUUCGGCAAAUACAUUGAAAUCCAGUUUGAUGAUGGCGCCAAUAUUAUUGGUGCCAAGAUAAGAACUUACUUGCUGGAACGAUCUCGCUUGAUCUUUCAACCAGAAACAGAACGAAACUAUCACAUCUUUUAUCAGCUUUGCGCAGGUGCUCCGUUGUCGGAGAAGAAAGAAUUUGAGCUUGGGGACUAUUCGUCUUUUCACUAUCUGAAUCAAAGCGGGACGGGAACCGUGUUGGGCGUGGACGAUGCCGCGGAAUUUGAAGUCACCCAGAGAGCGUUAUCGACGGUGGGACUGUCGGUGCAGUUGCAGUGGAAAAUUUUCAGGCUGUUAGCUGCCUUGUUGCAUAUUGGUAACCUGCAAAUCUCGGGCCGUGGCGAUGCCAUGCUUUCCGACCAAGAUCCGGCUCUUUUGAUCACUACACGCUUGUUGGGCAUCAAUCCUACGGAAUUCCGCAAAUGGAUCGUUCGCAAGCAAAUUGUCACGCGGUCCGAAAAGAUCGUCACCAAUCUUAACCCGACCCAGGCCCUCGUUGUUAGAGAUUCCGUCGCCAAAUACAUCUAUGCCAAUCUCUUUGACUGGCUUGUCAGUGUCAUCAACGACAGCCUUUCGUGUCCUGACGCCGAAAAGGUCUCUACUUUCAUUGGUGUCCUCGAUAUUUACGGUUUCGAACACUUUAAGAAGAACUCGUUUGAACAGUUCUGUAUCAACUAUGCCAAUGAGAAACUGCAGCAACAAUUCAAUCAACACGUUUUCAAAUUGGAACAGGAAGAAUAUGUACGGGAAAAGAUCAACUGGACUUUUAUCGAAUUCAGUGACAAUCAAAGAUGCAUCGAACUCAUUGAAGGAAAAUUGGGUAUUCUGUCCCUGCUCGACGAGGAAUCGCGUCUUCCUUCUGGCUCCGAUCAAGGCUUUUGUCAAAAGUUGUAUAGCAACUUUGAUAAUGCCAAUUUCAAGAACUAUUUCAAGAAACCACGCUUUUCGAACAAUGCGUUCACAAUUGCGCACUACGCACAUGAUGUGCAGUAUGAAGCAGAGAAUUUCAUCGACAAGAAUAAGGAUACUGUGCCAGACGAACACUUGAGUCUGCUCCAAGGCGCAGAAUUUGACUUUUUGAAAGAAAUCUUGGAAAAGGCCGCUGCCAAUAAUCCGGCUCCUACGCCCGAGAAUAACAAACGUAUGAGUAUGGUCGUCAGAAAACCUACGCUUGGUUCCAUCUUCAAGCUUUCUUUGAUCAAUCUGAUGGACACUAUUGGCAAUACCAAUGUCCACUACAUCCGUUGUAUUAAACCAAACGAGGCCAAGAAAGCUUGGGAAUUUGAACCCAACAUGGUGCUGUCUCAACUUCGUGCAUGUGGUGUUCUGGAGACCAUUCGUAUCAGUUGUGCUGGUUAUCCUUCACGAUGGACUUUUGAAGAAUUCGCUGAUCGCUAUUAUGCGCUGGUUUCGUCGAAACAUUGGGAUCCACGUAACAAGCCCGAUGGGAGAGAAUUGUGUUCCACGAUCCUUGACGCUUGCAUUCAUGACCAAGACAAAUAUCAAGUCGGUAUUACCAAGAUUUUCUUCCGUGCGGGACAGUUGGCCUACUUGGAAAAACUACGAUUGGAUCGUUUCAACGAGUGUGCUAUUCUGCUUCAAAAGAAUAUGCGACGUUUCAUUUACCGCACGCGCUAUUUGCGUAUGCAACAACUGGCCCUCAGUCUGCAAUGCAUUGCUCGUCGUAAGGUGGCUGUGGCGAAACUGAAACGAUUGCGUGAAGAAAAGGCCGCCAUUUGCAUUCAGUCUCACUGGCGUCGCUAUGCUGCACGCAAACAAUUUUUGGCUCAACAACAGUUUGUGCUGCGUCUACAGACAGCUAUUCGCGCCUAUAAUGCACGUCGCGCUUUCUCGUCGAUGCGAGUCAACAAUGCCGCAACGCAAAUUCAGCGUUUGGUACGAGGAUGGUUUGCGCGCAAGCAUUACAAGGCCAAACGUGCGUUUGUCGUUCAACUGCAAUCAGCGAUUCGUCGUCGUGCAGCAAGGAAACAGUUGGCGGGUCUGCGUUUGGAAGCUCGUUCCGUCAAUCAUUUCAAGGAAGUGUCGUAUGCUUUGGAGAACAAGGUGGUUGAAUUGACUCAGACGCUGACGGUGCUGAAGGAUGAGAAGAAAUCGGCCGUCGACCGGGCUACUCAACUUGAAGCCCAGGUUCGUACAUGGACCGAUAAAUAUGCCAAAUUGGAACGCAAAGCGAAGAACCUCGAAGAACGAUUGCAAGAGCCGACCGUCCCUCAAGCCGAAUUUGAUGUUCUGAAAGCAGCACGGGAUGAGUUGUUGACGCAACAGAAAUCGCAAAAUGAGAAACUCAAGACUCAAGAACGUGAACUGGCCCAGCUUUCCAAACAGCUGGAUAGCCAAAAGGAAGAAAAUGCGAAGUUGCAGAAAUCAUUGGACGAAGCCAAUGACCGUAUAAGCCGUGCCACGGAUGAAGCGGAAGUGGCGGAACUGAAGAGCCAAGUCGCCGCUCUGAAAGCUCAGGUGUCGCAGGUAUUGCAUGCCCCUCAACGGCAACGAUCGGCUUCCACGGUGCGCGGCCUUUCACCAGGUCCAAACGGACUUCGCAAUGCGUCGCCUUCACCUUCGCCUGUGAAGCCUUUGGAUUUGGAAGAUAUCAAGGAAGAAUCCCCCAUGGAACGUAGCCGAUCGCCCACAGGUAUGACCGCCGUCCUGAAUCGUCGCGCAAGAAGAAACAGUUCAGCCGAAGUGCGCAAGAAUGGUCCAAAGUCUUCCAUUGAUUACAUCCGACAAGCCGAAUUGUUGAAUAACAACAAGAACCCUCGUCCAACCUCCGUGGAUCAGUUCAGUGCCAUCUUGGGCGGUAAAGCAGGUAGCUUAACCGGCGGUAUCGAUGAAACACCGGAAGAAGAGAUUCAACAUUUGUUGCAAGAUGAAGAGAACUUGCAAGAAGAAAUAUUGGAAGGAUUGAUUAAAGCGUUAAAGAUGCCUUUGCCGAGUCUGCAGAAUCCGCCACAGACCAAGGAAAUUUUCUUCCCAGCACAUACCAUUGGUCUCUGUAUGACAGAGAUGUGGCGCUUGGGCUACAUUCAAGAAUCCGAACGACUGGCCUUCACCAUCAUGGACACAAUCCAAAAACAAUGCUUGAGCUUUACUGGUGAAGAGGCGAUUGUACCUUGUGCAUUCUGGUUGUCAAAUGUGCAUGAGUUACUGUCUUUGAUUUGUUUAGCCGAACAAAAUAUGGAGCAUGAAGUUUUCUUCAAGGGGACUUCCGGUGGUCGACGAUCGGCGGGUUGGCACGAUUUUGAGAAGCUAGUGGCCACGAUCAAGUUUGAAUUACAAUGUUUGGAAGACAAUAUUUUCCACGCGUGGAUGGCUGAAUUGAAGAAGCGAUUGAGCAAGAUGGUGAUCCCGGCUCUUAUUGAAGGUCAAUCGCUGCCUGGCUUCAUUACACAGGAUACCGGCCGAUUCUUUAACAAGAUCUUGACCGGCUCGUCGCAGCCAAGCUACAGCAUGGAUGAUUUGCUGAAUUUCCUGAACAAAGUGUGGCGUACCAUGAAGUGCUACUUCAUUGAACAGUCCGUCGCUACGCAAGCAUUGACUGAAUUACUCAAGCUGAUUGGUGUAAGUGCAUUCAACGAUCUGUUAAUGCGCAGAAACUUUUCUUCCUGGAAGCGAGCCAUGCAAAUCCAGUACAAUAUUACUCGUGUUGAAGAAUGGUGCAAGAGCCAUGAUAUCCCUGAAGGCACGCUUCAACUAGAACACCUGAUGCAAUCCACCAAAUUAUUGCAAUUCAAAAAGGCAACGCUCGAUGACAUUGAGAACAUCUAUGAUGUAUGCUGGAUCCUUUCCCCAACCCAGAUUCAAAAACUGAUUUCACAAUACCAUGUGGCCGAUUAUGAGAAUCCCAUUCGACAAGAAAUCCACGCUGCGGUGGCGGCUCAUGUCAGUGGUGAUAAGAGUGAUGCUUUGCUGCUUGAACCUGUCGCUCUGGACGAUAUUACCAAUCCUUUCGAAAUUCCUCUUCCACGUCAAAGAAAACCUCAGAUGUAUUUGCCAGCAUGGCUCAAUCUCAAACGCUUACGCCGUUUGACCAUGCUUAUUCAGCAGGAAGAAGCGCAGUAG